UUGCGGAACUCGUCCGGUGGGACUCGGCUUUUUGGCGAUGACGAUUUCCAACAUCUACUACUGGUGGUGGUGGCGGGGGUGGCGGCUCAGGUGGGGAUCGGGGACUCCAGGGACGCCGAUCGUGAUCUGGGCGUCGGAGGUGGAUGGGAGAGGGCGAUCGACGGCGAGGGCGGAGGAGGAGGCGGACUCGUCUUCGUCGUGAUCGGAGAAUUCCUUGUCGUCGAGGAGGUCCUCGUCUUCAUUGAAGUGGUCAGGAGCGACGGGGUUAUCAGCGAAACACCACAGAUUAGGUCGAGUUUUGGGGGUGAAAAAUUUGAAUUGAAGAUCAUAAGGAUCGAUGAGACGAGCAUGCAAAAAGGUCUCCGACGGUGGUUGAGCAGAGUCCAGUUGAAAAACCCGUGUCUUGGAACAUGGCCACGGUCACACACGAAGCAGGCGUGCAUAACUCGGCUGAGGGCUGUAGUUGGAGUGUGCCUGCCUCGCCGUGAAUGGCCUGGUGCUCUUGGUACUCGCCGAAAUUUGGUGCAUCUCGGGUGCGGUCGAUUCUCCUUGCCAGAAAUCGGGGUUUCUGGUGUUCGUGGUUCGCCGCGCGCAUGGCCUAAUUGUCAUUGGAAAUUGGUGGCGCUCCUUCUUGCCGAGGGAGAUGACGGAAUUUUGGGAACUUUCGGAUGGGAUUUUUUUUUCUAG